GUUUCCCCUUCUCAAAUCCAACCAAACAAAAAACAAAUCUUCUUCAACAACAACAUCAACAACUUCAACAACUUCAAGAACAAGAUGAAGAUGAACAGCGGCGGCAGCAUUGGAGGUUCCAAAAGGAGGCUUUCCAGCGGCAGAGGGCUGGGCGGAGCUGUAAGAGAGCAAAGGGCAAGGCUUUACAUUAUAAGGCGUUGCGUUAUAAUGCUUCUUUGUUGGCACGACUGAUUCUCAUUAUAUUUUAAUUUUAUUUUCUCUUUUGUACAUCCUACCCCCUUCAUACAAUUCAUUUUCUUCUCCACUUGGUACACAAUUUUGUAUUGCCUAAUAACAUUGUAAAUGUUGGCAUCAAUUAUUACUAUUAUUCAACCUCUCCAUUAUUACA